GUCAAGGAAUGCAAUGUAAAACAGGAGAGAAGAAUGACUUCUGAUAAUGCUAUCCCGUGACUGAAGGAACACGUUAUUUGUCUUAUAUAUUUUUUAAAUAUGAUGGCCAUAUAUUUAUUUUUGGACCUUCGUCGUGAAGUAUUAAACGACCACAUUCUGGAGGCUGAGUAUGAUUGUGAACUGGGAGUGAGGGGCGAUCACAUUUCAGGAGGCUGUUCGAUUUAGUACUGCAGUAGAAGUGUUCCGAGGGGCACAACAAAGUUGCAAGCCUGAUUAACGUAACCAACCGUUUGUUACAUUAUUUACGAUAAUGCGCAAAAGUUCUUGGCAAAUCCCCAGGCUUUGGGCAUCAUUUAUUCCACAAAAUAAUAGAAAAAAUACAUGUUUACUACGAAUACUAAACAUUUGUACUGUCGCUUUACUACUAGCCACGUUAAUUUUAAGCGGUGUAAUAUAUUUUCACCAAUGUUUGAACUGUUUUUCAUUAUACAACGGCUACCGGUACAAUGUAACAAAAACGUUUUUUAAAGUAAUUAGUGAUUUAUUUCUGGAGAACCAAGAUUCAGAACCAAGUUACCAUUUUGAAAGGUUUGACAGAAAAAAAGACACCACUCGCUUGCAAGUGAGCAGCUGUAUACACACGCAGAUGCUGAGGAAUACAACGCUUCGCAAACACAAUACAUUCGGUGAAGACCAAAUGUGCAGAAUUGAAUUAGGAAAACGACCUAUAUUGUUUGAAAGCAAUUCAUUUAAGUUAGUAGAUGACAAGGGGCCAGUCUGUUUUUCAUCCAUGCACAGAAGAGAUCAUUUUUACAAAAGCGCGUAUGUCACAGAGAAAGCUGUAAUGUCUGGGAGCCAUGAGCAGAUGGUGGAGGACCCUGUUCUUUCACUGUCUUCUGCAGCCCCAGGAGGUCCAUGGAGACAUUCAGUAUUUACCCUGAUCAGCACCUGGGCAGGUGAUGCUCUCCAGAGAAGAAAAAGAGAAUCGUCGCCAGGACACAAACAUAUCAGAAGCCUGGCACAGGCUUCGACAUUUGGUCUGACAUUUCACAAGUGUGGACAGGUGGAUUCCAAAAAAGAAUUCCCGACUGUGUCUGUUAAGCUGGUGAUUAACAACACAGGUAUACCAGCAGCCACAAAUAUCUCCCAGCUCAGUAUACGGGAUGCGGUUACUGGCCUGACUCUGCAGGCUACUAGUGGUAACGUGUUGGAAAGAGGCUUCCAGACUUUCACAAAAGAUACCCUGACAGUUGGUUCAUACUACACAGUGAAGUACACAGCACUCCUAAAAGAGCCACAGAGUGGGAUUCUGGCACUGCCUGCCUACCUCACCUUUUCCAAUGCAUCACAGAAUGACAUCAAUUUGUUUGGUCCUUUGAUGGCAAACUUUACCCUGCAGGAGAGUUCAACUGGAAAGAUUCCGCCCAAUCACGGCAUACACUUUGUAGGAUUUCUGGUAGCAUUCAUCGUCUCAUUUGUCCUGGUGUGUUUAGUUCUCCUCAUAGUUUAUCAGAUCAGAAAAACGAGUGGGAAAAUACCUCAUCAGAACAGGAAAAAAAGAACUGGAGUAAAUGGAGAGUGUGAUCCUGAACAGACAAUCUGUAACAUAAGCGAGACGUCCAAGGAAGAAGCAGCUUUUGAGGACAAAAUUAUCGACAUACUGAUCUUUGAAGACCCCCUGAAUAUGUAUCAGGCCUUGGAUAAUCUGGAUAUGUCAAAUUUGCUGCACACGUCUGCCAGUUUAGAAAGCUAUCGAGUCCAAAUUUACAAAGACGUAAUAGCCAAGCUGCUUAGGAACGUGAAGGUAAGGGGAGACCUUUCCCCCCUUGCUGAGAAAAGACUGAACAGUGUUUUGAAUGGACAGCUGAUGGGAAUGGAAGGCAAGCUCAAAGAGGAGCAUGUUGCAAGGAUGGCUGCCCUGGCUGCUGAAUGCAAUCUGGAGACCAGAGAGGAGAUGGAGGCAGAGCACAGGAGAGUUACUGCAGAGAAGGGAAAAGCAGAGCGUUUGUUUCAACAGGUGGAUCAGCAGGAGGUGUUGGAAUUCAGUAUGCUCUUAGAUAAACUGCACAAAUUAGACCAAAGCCACCUUCAGCACUGUCUGCUGGUCAAACAUGAAGAAGCUUCGGCCAACGUCCAACGGCAGAUUGUUGUUUGCCGGAGGGUGGAGCUUCAUAAGAUCUUCUUUGAGGAACUAGAAGAAGCAACAAGGAUGGGGGAGCUGGAGAAUAAUGUCGCCAACAGGCUACUGCAUGUCUAUUUAACCAGUCAGGAACAACUGGAAGAGGUUUUGGACAUCCUGCUGGCUAACCAGAGAUAUAUUCUCGGAGAGAGACACGCCCACCGGCAGUUCCUAGUGCACAGCCUGCAAAGCUUAAAGAAUCUCAUAUGUGAAGUCUUCACCAAAGCUACACUACAGCUCGAAAGCUUCUUCCAAGAGCUUAAAAAUGAUGGUUAUGUGACAGAAGAUCAGGCAGGGUUGCUUUUGGACAAAGCCAAAAAGCAGCUGCUUCAGGUGAAGCAAAAUUUGGAUGAAGCCUUGAACAGAGAAAAGAGUGCCUUGCACUGUAACAUCACCAAGAAAAGAAGAAGCCAGAUUUGUGAAAAAGUUCAGGAGCAGAAACAAAAGCAGAAAGAUCUGGCCACUGUUUCAAAGGCAUCCGAAGAAAGCCUGGAUCUUCAUCAUUACCUGAACUGCUGGCAAAAUCUUUUGAUCUCUCAGUGCAUAGAAGUGGGAGACCUGAUCAGUAACCUUGAUGAGGAGGCUGCUGCAGACAUUAGGAAAGUGAGCAUGCGUCUGAUUCAAAGUGCCUGCAGUGAGAUCAAGAGCAUCCAGCCCAGGAUUACCCAGGAGCUCUCAAGUUUGGGCGCACCCAGGCUUGCGCUUCAGCAUGCAGGGUCAAAACACCAGCUGAUGGCAGGUGUUCUCUCUGAAGCCCAGGAGAGGCUCCACAAAGAAGGGAAGAACGCUCUCAAAGUCCUGCAGAAGACUAGAGACAAACUGCAGGAGCAGCUAGAGCUGGAGAUGAAGGAACAACAAGCUCUGAGGCAAAGUGGAAGAUCAGUUUUUGUAAAUCUUUGCAAGUCUCAGCUUACUUUGUCUGAGGUUGAUCUGCUGAAGAUGAAGCUGGAGUUCCAGAAAUGUCUCUCAAUGAUGGAUAACUGCUUGGUUCUUCCACGAGCCCAGACCCGGUCCAGGCUGCAGGCCUACCUGUCCGACUGGAGGAAGGCCAUUUUAAUGAAGACGGAACGCAGUCACACAGUGAUGCAGGACAAACAGCAAAAAUCUAAACUCAAAAAACAACCCCAUGAGGCAAAGAUAAGCCAAGACCAUGCUGAGUUUCUGGUUCUGCAAAAAAGAAUAGAAGAGAAAAUGAAUCUGUAUGAACAAGAAAAAGAGAUUGAAAACACAGCCAUGAAAAAGGUCCUGGUGGAAAUGCUGCACGAAAGAGCCCACCAUCUCAAGGCUCAGGAGGACAGGCUGGCGGUACACAUGGCUGCUUUGCAGUUUCAGAAAGCUGAAAAGAGAGUGAGGGCCCUGGAGGCAUAUGCUGCCAUUGUGAGUCUGCAGACAUUGCUGGUGGAGGAGCUGAGAAUGUCAGGGUCAAUGACAGGGUCAGAAACUGUGCAAAUGAUCCAGAAACACAGUCAUGGGUUGGAAGAUGCCGAUAACCAGCUGAAGCUGAAGGAAUCAGCUGAGUGGGAUGCUUUAAUGAAGGAAUAUAGCUUGGCUGCUGCUGUUGAAGGACCUUCGAGUGAAACUCAAAGAGGGCAGGAGGAAAGCCAGCUAGCUGUCAGUCUGCAGCAUGCGCUCACAAAGUGUCAGCACGUGACGUGUGUGCAGAGACAAAGGUUACGAGAAGAAGACGCAGUCAGCCAGGUAACUGAGGAUUUGAAAGAGCAGCUCGAGUUUAAGAGACUCCACAUGCGUUUUGAUCAGGAUCUUGAAUUUCUUGCUUACUUGGUCAAGCAGACUCGGGUACCAGCAAGUGUGUUGCUUGAAGUCCUGCAUUUAUUGCUUCCCACAUCCUCAGAAACUGACUUAAUUUCCAUCAUUGAUCCAGUCUGCCCCAAACCAGCGCAGACUGUGACAGUAAAUGAUCGAGAGAAAGGGCAGUAUAAAGGCUCAGGAAGAUCUCUGGCUAGCAAACUAAGAGAAGAGAUCAUCAGAAAUAAUAAGAGUACUGGCUCUUUGGGCAAAGAGAAAGCAAGUAUAUUGAAGAAGAAACAAGUUCAGCUCCUGAAACAGGUUUCCUUUUCCCAUUUGGAGCAUUCAAACAGCCCCCAAGGAGGUGGCAGACAGGACAACGUGGACAGUACUGUGGAGCCAGCAGCAGAUGUGCUACACGUGCCACAUACAGGAGAGAAGGUGUUUGUUUUUCGAUGUAAAGCAAGUCUGCAUGAUUCUUUGGACACAACUCCUAAGAAGAAGAAAAAGAGGAGCUUCCUUAACUUCAAAAAGUCAGCAGUUGCUAAUAGCGACCUAUUGUAAUACAUUCUUCUGCAGUAUGUUGAUAUUUAUCAUAAAGCUUUGCAGUUUCAGUAAGAAAGCUACUGUAACCAAUACAGUUUAUACCCUUGAAAGUUAUUAUAUCUUAUAAACCUUUUGUAUUUUGUAUUUUGUAUUUUUAUUUUUUUUUUAAAUCUCUUGUUUUGUGUAAUGGAUUUAUUGCUCAUAAAGGAUGUCAGAUUGAGAGUGCUGGCGGUUGAAGGGUUUA